AUGUUUGAGAAAUCUGGAACAUAUGUACUCGUUAAACGGUUUCGACGCGAAAAUGCUGAAAACGCUUUAGCUCUGAUAAGUGAGUCAAAAGAAAAAGUCAGCAGCGUUAAAGAACAACCCAAGAAACCUGAUAAGGGAAACAAGGAAAGCAGGAACGAAAUAGUCAAGACCCAAGAUGUGCAAUCGCAUAAUAAAACAGUCAGUGAUACACCGUUUAUGAGAGGGGUGAUCUAUUGGAUAGAAACAAUACUGUACUAUGCAAUAUUUUAUGCAGGAUUAUCCAUCUUAUUUUACAUCUGCUUUACGAUAUAUAAACUAACGUUGCCAGAGGAUGCUCCGCGAGCAUCGAAACUGCAGCCUUCCUUAGUUUACUACCCCAACUAUGAAUCCUAUUAUCUUAACCGUAUAUCUUGGAAUGCUAGCGAGAAGAAGGACAUCGAACUUAUUGUUACCAAUAUAAAUACCUUUCUAGAAAAAUUUGGUACGCGUCGCAAGUUCGGUAAUUGCAGUGUGAAUGAUUCUUAUGGUUACAAGACUCGUAAUCCGUGUGUAUUCCUGAAAGUUAACCGAAUCGCGGGUUUUCAAGUGGAUCCCAUUGAAAAUGCUCGGGAAUUGCAAAGGAGUGAACGUGUUUUAAAGAAAGUCAUCGACAGUCUUUCUCCAGAUAAACGUAAGGAACGUCUAUGGAUAUCAUGCAAAUCGAAUUCUUGGGUUAAUAUCGAAUAUUUUCCUCAAUCACGUUCAAUACCCAUGGAGCAAAUAAACACCCAGCAACCCGUGUAUAAGACAAAUAAUGGCUCCUCUUACUCUCAGGGUGAUUACGACCAUAUUGUAACGAUACAAAUUAUAAAUAUACCACAAGACCAGCUUUUCAAUGUUAAUUGCAAGAUGUUUGCGAAAAAUAUUGAGAAUGAUGACAAUAAUAAUCCGUGGAUAGGUGGUGUCAGUUUCGACAUGAUUUUAUUGACAGAUUAG